CAAUCGAGUGUACCGGCUGUAUUGCAAGAUGGCGGCCGAUGCAAUAGCGUUGGCAAUGUUGGAUAUGUUUAUGGAAAGUGAUAGUGAAGGGGAAGAAAUGGAAUGCUUGAUGGAGGCGACUCAACACCUCACAACGCAUUUACGAGAAGAUCGAACAAAAACAGAAGGGUAUUUUGAAGAAACAAUCCCGAACUACUUACCAGAUGACUUCACAAGGUUUUUUAAAAUGAAUCGUGAAACAUUUGAUGUCCUUUGUCAACACCUUAGUGAAUGUGAACAGUUAAAACAACGUGUAUGUGCAGGAGGUAGAGAACCGAUUCCGAUGGAGAAGAAGGUACUGAUGACCAUUCGUUAUUUGUCGUCAAUGGAUACAAUACGUAGUUUAAGUGACAGAUUUGGUGUAACCGAUUCUUCGUUUUUGAAGUGUAGGGAACAAGUAAUUAAUGCAAUUAACUCUUCAUUGAAGAAAUUCAUCAAAUGGCCAACGACUGGUGAUUAUUUGUCAAUAUCAGAACGCUUCAAUGAUACAGGUUCAUAUGAAUUCCCAAAUAUCAUUGGAGCAAUAGAUGGGUCACACAUCCCAAUCGAAGCUCCAGCAGAGGAUGCUAAUGCAUAUUACAACAGGAAAGGAUUCCACUCCAUUCUUUUGCAGGGCAUCUGCACACAUGACUUGUAUUUUAUAAGUAUAAAUGUCGGUUGGCCAGGUCGUGUUCAUGAUGCAAAGGUUUUCAACAAUUCCAGCAUUUGUGAAAACGGAUUCAGACUUUGCAAUAAUGGAGAAUACCAUAUUUUGGGGAAUGGUGCAUAUCCAUUAAAAGAAUGGCUUCUUACCCCAUAUAAAGAUAAUGGUCACCUUACAAGACAACAAACACUGUUCAACAAAGCUUUAUCAUCAAAGAGGCAGGUGAUUGAACGUGCCUUUGCAUUGCUCAAAGGACGUUUUCGUAAACUGAGGUAUUUGAACUGUAAAUCCAUCAGAACAACUUGUGAUAUUGUUACUGCUGCUUGUGUGAUACACAACAUUUGUAUCAUACAAAAUGAUUUGGAUGGUAUAGAGGAACUAAUGGCAGUGGAUGAACUUCAAACAGAUGAUGAUAAUGUUAUCAACGAGAGGGAAAAUUCCCAUUUAGGGAUAACGAAGAGGUUACAAAUAACUAACAGCCUUGCAGUAAAUCAUUGAUCGUCAGUUCAUGAACAUUUACCUCCUAGAUAAGCUUGUCUCCACACCUUAUAUGUACAUGUAAAGGCAAUUAUCAUGAAACUGUCAUUUCCA